AGUUAUAUUUUCCCGUAAAGUCGUCAGUAUCUUUCAAUUUCUAACCGAAUCUCGGAAACUCGGUUCAAUGGGCAGCAAGGGCAAGGGGGGUCUUGACUUCGCCGGCAAGGUGGUCAUGAUCACUGGUGCAGCCUCUGGGAUUGGGGCCGCUACGGCGGAACUGUUCUCCAAGCUGGGCGCCUGCUUGACGCUGGUGGAUCGGGAGGAGGAGGGUCUCAUGUGCGUGAUGAAGGAGUGCAUGAAGACGGGCUACGAGCCAUACGGCAUCGCAGGGGAUCUGCUCAAGCCGCCGGAGAUCGAAUGCAUUGCGAGAAAGUCCACGGAGCGCUACGGAAAACUAGAUGUUCUUGUAAACGGCGCGGGCAUUAUGCCCACGGGAACGCUGCAGAGCACGGAAUUGGCUUGCUUCACCCACGUUAUGGAUGCCAACGUAAGGUCCAUGUUCUAUCUGACCAAGUUGGUGCUUCCCCAGCUCCUUCAGUGCAGAGGCAACGUGGUCAACGUGUCCAGCGUCUGUGGGCUGCGAGCCUUCCCCGACCUCGUAGCCUACAAUAUGUCCAAGGCAGCGGUGGACCAGUUCACUCGAUCCCUGGCGCUGGAUCUGGGUGCCCAGUGCGUCCGAGUAAACGCCGUCAAUCCCGGAGUGAUUCGCACCAAUCUGCAGAAGGCCGGCGGCAUGGAUGAUGAGAGCUAUGCUGAGUUUCUGGAACGCUCCAAGGAGACCCACGCGCUGGGGAGGAUUGGGGAGCCUACGGAGGUAGCUUCCGCGAUUUGUUUCCUAGCCAGCGAACUGGCCAGCUUUGUGACGGGAGUCACCCUUUCGGUAGACGGGGGCAAACAGCUAAUGUGUCCCCGGUAAUCCCCUUAUAUAAUCCUGUCCAGGCGAAAGUCUUCCUCCUUCCUUUGUAAGCUCUGUAAACUGAACCGAUUCAAAAUCUUUACUAUUGAAUUUGAAAAUAAAUAGUAUGUCUCAUUUAUAAA